AUGGAUCUGAAACCCUCCCAUAGUUUGUCCCACACAGAGUCCACUCCACACGCGCCUUCUCCCAGCGGAGCGCGCCAUGCAGGGCGGAGGGGGCGGGGUCAGUGGUGGGUGUGUGCCUCUCAGCUGAUGCGCGUAUCGGCCGCCUCCAUCAACAGCAUCCACCGCGGGCUGACAGCGGUCGAACGCAGCAUCCCUAUCCUAAUAUUAGCGCCCCACGGACCGCGGUGCGUCACGUCCACGACACAGUCAUAG